GCAUUAAUCAAUCAGUUUGGUGUGCAGAAGAAAAGCUGGCAGGGCCAACUAACCAAGAAACUGACCAAGACGAAGUGUUCCUUCCUCAGGAAGGAUGGAAAACUCUGCUGCUGCUGCUGGAUGUUUUACCCUCCUUGUUGGUUCCUCUCUGCUUUUGUUCCUCUUCUCUUGUUCCUCUUCUCUUGGUUUUGGUUGCCAUCCGUACAUUGGACACCAUGCCCAUCACAACCAGAGCGCAGGCUGCGACAGCCCACGAGCACAACAAUGCUGACGAUGGCGAUGAGAAAGGAUGGUGGAGUGAGAGCGACGAGGAAUGAUGGAGUGAGAGCGACGAGGAAUCCAAAACAUUCGAAGCAACGCUCAUGGGAAGAGCGUAUACCGCCUAUCGCACCUGGGCCAGUAAACGCAAAUUGCAAGUCAAGCAGCACCUUCCAGAUAGGAAAUCACUUCGGACUUACUCUGCCUCGUUGAAUUGUGACGAAAACCUCCAAAGCAUCCUAGAGUCAUCAAAGCCUCCAACCUUGGACAAACUAAAAUCGUUGCCGGAAUUCGCAAACACCGACGACCACGCUUUUGUCGUAUACCUGUUGAUACUCGAGAAACCUUCCGAACACCAAGCCAGCGGUAGCGGUUCUCAUACUCCCUUGCGUCACGGAUCGCAGGAUCAAACUCCUACUGCUGCUGCUACGGAGAUUGCAAAGUCGACCAAGAAAAGGGCAUCUUUACCAAGGAGCCCUGCCGCAGAGCGCCCUACGAAGAGAGCCAAGAAGAAUAAAACUUCUAUCGACGACCAGCAGCCUAUUGAGUCUAACGCUGUCGACAAUGGUCCCCUGUUGGGAGCUGGGCUCAACCCCCAAGAGUACAAGUAUAACCUCGAAGUUCCCCAGGACGGAAAUGCGCCUACUCCUAUCAACAUAUCACCGCCCUUGAUUUACAUUGGUAGUGGGACCCACAUGACUCUAGGUGUCCAUCAAAGGUUCUACCAUUACGAUAACGACGAAGGGUUCUCGAAGUUGACGAGAAUUGCGCAUCAACAUGGCUAUAUAAUCUCACACAGGAAAGUCCUAGUGUCAACACCAUGUCCUACAGAGGUUUCUUUGAUCCUACCAACUCGGGCUUUGUUUUUACUUCUCGAGACAGCCCUUACAUAUGGGUUUUGUGCCCUUCAAGACCGAAAUUCCGUUCACCCGACACUAACGAACCAUCAAUAAAGCACGUCAAUACCCUAUGGGGGAUUGUGCACGCAUGACGCCUGGACCGAGAGUGUGCGUCGUCAACGAUGGCUACUUCAAGG